AUGCCUACUAUUGAAGAAGUUCACUCCGACCACGACGACGUUGCUCUUGGAUCUGACAAUGAACUUGGAGCACUUGACAAGAUUCAGUCCCGCUCCGAACGCAAAGCGCGCAAGGCGCUCGCAGGGCUUGGACUGAAAAAAGUGUCGGGCAUUACUCGGGUGACUCUGCGACGCCCAAAAGGCCUCUUGUUCGUCAUUGCGUCCCCAGAAGUUUACAAAAACCCCACAGGCGAUUGCUAUAUUGUUUUCGGGGAGGCUAAGGGCGAGGACCCAAGUGCGCUGGCACACGCCGCUGCCACUCAACAGCGAGUUCCUGCCGCCAACGAGAAGCAUCACGACCACGCUCAUGACCACUCGCACGAUCAUGACGAUGACUCAAAAGAUGAGCCACCACCUUUGGAGGAGCUAGAUGAUGAUGAUUCUGACGAGAUCGAUGAGACUGGGGUGGACUCAAAUGAUGUUGAGGAAGUGAUGAAGCAAGUGAGCUGCAGCCGUGCGAAGGCUGUUAAGGUUCUAAAAGAGAAGGAUGGGGAUGUAAUCUCUGCUAUAAUGGCUGCUACAUAGUAACUACCUCUCAAUCCUUGUACUAUGCUCC